AGAAAGUGGACUACCAGCGGAGCAUGAUAUGGAGUUCCGUCUGGGAGACAAUACAGCAAUGCUGAGCGUCCUCCUGUUGACAUCCUCGUCCUUAGAGUCAUCUACCACACCAAAUACUAUAUCUAGACUGCGCCAAUUCUUUCUUUGCCCGGCCAGUCGUGCCAGCAAGAAAGCCAUUGUGUUUCUACUCUCCGAGGCGCCUUUCAGCAGCGCCAGUGGCAGGUACCGACUUGAGGGGCUGGUGGCGUUGCAAGUUCUGAUGGUUGAAUCACUCCCAGCCAUGCUCCCUAUCAUCCCUAUUGCCGAGUCGGCCUGUUUGCUGUCUUCUAUGCAGGAAUACAUCACUAACCUGGAGGCGAUCGACAUCCCACGAAGACCUUUCCAGUCCUCUGCCGCGUUCGCAGGAUGUAGCUCCUAUCCCUAGCCUUUCCGAUGUGGACUUUUGAGGAAGCGCCAUGGACCAUUAGGGGGAUCAGCAGCGACGGGCAUGAAAUUGAAUAAUUGCUC